AGAUAUAUACCUAUGUAUGAUGUGUGUAAUACGAUAUCCAUCUUUAAACCAAACCCAUAUAUGGCUACCUUUUGUUGCCCCAUUGAGACUGAGCCCAAGACCUUGAACCAAGUCGAACUUAACCAGGCAAGGGAAGUUGCCGUUGGAGUUAUACAGGAAAAUAAACCAUCUGAGGCCUCUCGUAUAUUAAACGAGGGUAUGCAACCAGUUAUAGGAGUCGAAGAGAUGGCUAAGGCUAUCGAGAGGGCAGAUUCAAUACACAAGCUUCAAGGCACGGGCGUGACCAUUGAAGCGGCUUGCCAAUGCUCUAUGAUCGGUGCUCCUACUCCUGAUCAAUGUAGUUUGAAGGAACCCUUAUCCGCUCCUUUCUAAACAUGCUUCUAAGCAAAAAACAAAACAAAACAAAAAAAUUGCUUAUGAUUUAUCUGAAGCUUUUAGUUUACUUGAUUUUAUAAUCAUCAUGUAAAGAAAUAAAACAAUUCAACCACUAACUAA